AUGACGGAGGCAAAGCUGGAGCUUUCGCGCAACGACGUGCACAAUCUUGUCCGCGGCAUGAUUGUGGAGAUGCAGAUGCCGGCAUUCCUCAACAAACUGCGCGAGAAUGCGCUGCGGGAGCCGGUGCCAACUACCGAUAUGGAGCUCAUCGCCGUCGUGGAGGAGCUGCAGAAGGAGUUCCUUGAACGCCACUACGCCACAAUCCACGGCACGGGAGGCAACGCCGCCACCGCACCCAGUGGUGCGAUGAUGCUGGAGUGUCUGAAGGAGGCGGUGGUAAAAUACCCUGACCAGGAGACGGAGAUGAUAAUGAGGCAGAUGUGCAUGCUGGUGGAGUCGCAGAUGGUCUCGGUGUGCUCGUCGGAGCCGCGGCUGUCCGCACUGCUGCCGCAGCAAAUGAACGCGGACGGGCACGCGCACCAGCACGGACCCAACUGCCAGCACUCGCACGGCCAUGGUCACUCACACGGUCACGGCCACUCACAUGGAAUGCCGAACCCGCAGCAGAUGAUGGAGAUGCAGAUGGCGUUUCAGUCACUUUCACCGAAGCUUCGGGAGGACAUGAUGCGCAUUCAGCAGAGCAUGCACAGUGGGCAGGCGCCAACACCAGAGGACGCGCGGAAGAUGCAGGAGAUUCAGACUCAUAUGAUGGCGUACAUAAACACACUGAGGCAGUUCGGUGGGGGUGGUGCCGAUGCGAAAGCGCAGGGAAAUGCAAAACCAUAA